AUGCCCAAAACGGAAAAUGGCGAAGAGAAAUCGCCGACUCCUCCGCUCAACGCUAGAGGUCUUUUCGAAACUUACGAAAAGGACGGCAAGAAAAUUACUGAAAUACUCAGGUUCAAUGCAGUUGAGGUGUUUUUCGCCGGUUUCCUCCCUCCUCUAAUUGGUUCGGUUUCGGCUAUUGCCAUAGCUCUAAUAUUCCAUAACGACGAGAUCAGCAACUAUAAUUGGCAGUGUGGUCGCGCUCGCCUACCAUCACUUUCGCGGAUAAUCAAUCUUUCUGUUGAAAGAACAUUCUGGCAGCUUUUCCUCCUUUUUCACGUGCCCAUCCGAGUUAUAGAACUCAUCACAGGCUUUUCACGAUAUAAAAGGCUACGUAAUAUUCACUACAAGCACACGUGGUUAUACGAGAUUUCUCGAUACGUCUAUUUUUACAUUGGGCUGGCCGAGCUGCUCUUUCUUGCGGCUUUAUCCAUCAUUGGAGAACGUGAGAAUAUCCGUGAGUUCCUAUUCAGUUUCUAUCUAUGA